AUUUAUUACUUUCCUAAAAUUAAUUCCAUUCUCACCACUCUCACUCUCAUUUUAUUGUUUAAGAAAAACCCUCCUCUCUGCGUUCAAAAACCCUAAAUCUCAAAUUUUGAAUAUUUGAUAUUGAUUCUGCUACAUCAUCAUAUUCAUCAUAAUACUAAUCACAUAAUAUAACAGCAUGAUUCUUCGUUCUGCAAAGAAAUGGGCGAAAACAACAGCUGGUGAUGACAGAAUUUCGAAACUUCCUGAUGAAAUCAUCACUCACAUCUUAUCGUUUCUCCCAACUAAAGAUGUGGUACAGACUUGUAUUCUUUCAAAGCGUUGGAAACACAUCUGGUAUUCAGUCCCCACACUCUUUUUCUCCGAAAAUGCUACUACUUGUGAUAUUGAAAAAUUUUAUGAGUUUGUAGACAAUUGUUUGAAACACCGCAAGCAAUAUAUGAUUGAAUCGAGUAUAUUUACUUUUAAGCUUAAUUUGAAUGGAUAUAGAAUUUCUUAUUUCGAGGAUGGAUAUCAUACAACAAGAAAGAAUCAUUUUGUAGAUAAAUGGUUAGCUUUUGUAGUUGAGAAUAAUGUUAAGGAAUUUGAUCUUAGUAUGCUUGAACAUGUUGGUCCAUAUAAGAGGUUCUAUGGGCUAUCGAAAAUACUAGACAAUGCAAAAUAUUUGACGAUUUUGAAGUUGAGUGGGGUAGUGUUGGAUGCUAGUUCUUGUUCCUUUAGUUUCCCAUCUUUGAAAACUUUGUCAUUGGUAGAUGUUCUACAAUCAAAUGCUUCAAAGGAUGAUGUGGUGGUGAAGUUUUUGUUGGGUUGUCCUUCUCUUGAGAAUUUGUGUGUCUGUGAUUAUGAUUUCUCUAGUGUAGAUUAUCAGCCUCGACUGCAAAGUUUAAGCCUAAAGUUCUUGGAAUUUAAGGAUAUAGAGAUUAUGUCUGCAUUACGAGUUGAAACUGUAAACCUUGAAUCUUUUGAAUUUGAGGAUAUUCGUGUUAACUUAGACAAAAUAGAUCUCUCUGCUUGUAAGAAAAUUAGAAAUCUAACGUUAUCGGGUAUGAUCUAUGCUUUUCCCUCCAAAAAGUUUGAACUUCUUAUUUCGAAUAUUCCUCUUCUUGAGAAUUUAACUUUGAGCUUCCAGACCUACACCGAAUUUACUAAGGGCUUAAGAAUCUCAAGUCAACACUUGAAAUGUUUCAAGUUUAAGAGUUCUAAUAUUGGAAUUAUGAAGGGUGUUACGAUUGAAUCUGCCCCAAAAUUAGAGUACUUUUGUUAUGAAGGCUAUAUCAAUUUUAACAUAUCACUGGAGUCUUCGAAUUCGUUGAAUGGGAAAAUUGUAAUUCUUGAAACUGAGAAAAACUAUGAUGCAAAGUGGUUUACCAAUAUGCGAAAUUUUCUUAUGAAUCUCAAUUGUUCUUGGAAUAUCGUAACCCUGCAUGUUCGCAAAUGUGAGGCUCUCAUGUGGCCAGAGAACUUGAAGAACAUAUGUCCUUAUCCUUUGCUUAAUUGGAAAAAACUCCGAGUUAUUACUGACCGUAAGCCUAAGCCUAAGAGAGAGUCCGACUUCAAAGAUGCCUUGAUGAAUUUACCUUGUUUAGAAACACUAUCUAUUAAUGGAAAGAAAAUAUUUUAGUUAGUUUACAAUAUAUUAUGAUUAAGGAUAUCUUCCUUUGUAACUUUGUUAGUAACUUUGUACUAAUGAAUUUGAUUACCUUGCAUAAGAAUAAGAUAUUCUUAUAUUUAUGAAUUUGAGUUUACAAUC